AAAGGUCAUUGUGCUGCGUGGUCAGUCAAUAUCGAACAUUUGCCACGUCCAUACGUUAGUCAACAUGCGUGCUGUGAUAUUCCUAUUGUGUCUCCUAAAUGUGUACGCUUCAGAUAUCGAUGAGUAUUUUGAUAAACGAUACAAGAUACUUAAAAGUGAAUCCAGAUCGUCUAUCGGUGGCAAUGUUACCCUCAGUGAUAAAGAAGCCGCUGUCAAUAUCUGUUUGAUGCAUUACAAGUUCAAGGAAGUUGACUACUGGUUCGAUAACCCGAGGUAUUUCAAUUGUUCACGACAUUAUUUCACUUACAAACAAUAUAUAAAGACAUCUAAAGUGUACAGGAUUAUACAGGAUAUGCCUAAAGGUGCAGCGCUUCAUGUCCACGAUAUGGGACUCUUAGGUCCUGAUUAUUUAAUGAAUGUAACAUAUCAAGAUAAUCUUUAUGUUUGUUUUGAUAAUAACUUGCAUUUGAUAUUCUCCAACACAUUACCAAAAUCUCCCUGUGAUGGACAAUGGAAAUUAAUGAGUAUAGCUAGAAGUUCUUCAAAAAACGUGACUAAAUUCGACGCAGAUUUGAGGAAGCAUUUCACAUUAUAUGUGAAAAAUCCGGAUACAGUUUAUCCGAGCAUACGAGAGACUUGGAGAUCGUUUAUGAAGUUCUUUGUUACUGUCCUGCCGAUGCUGUCUUACAGACCAGUUUGGGAGCAAUACUUUUACGAUGCUUUAAAGAAAUUUAGAGAAGACAAUGUAAUGUACUUAGAAGUUAGAAGCAUAUUACCUAGUCUAUACGAAUUGGAUGGUACAGUUUACGAUCCGAUAGUCACAGCGAAAACAUACAAGAAGGUGAUUAAAAACUUCAUGAAGGAUCACCGCGAUUUUUUGGGUGCGAAGCUUAUAUAUGCACCAUCUAGAAAAGUAGAUCGUGCAAAGCUGGAAGAGUACAUAGAACUAGCAAAGAGAAUAAAACAGGAUAUGCCCGAUACAUUCGCUGGGUUCGAUUUAGUUGGACAGGAAGAUUUGGGAAGUCCACUUAUAGAAUUUGUACCACAACUAUUGGAAUCCGCAUCGGAAUUGAAUUACUUCUUUCAUGCGGGAGAAACUGAUUGGUAUGGUACACUGACAGACGAAAAUCUCAUAGAUGCAGUGUUACUGGGAGCUAGACGUUUAGGACAUGCGUACGCAUUGCCGAAACAUCCUCACGUGUUGAACGAAGUUAUAAAGAAAGACAUUGGUUUGGAGGUUAAUGUGAUAUCGAAUGCGGUGUUGUCUUUAGUACGUGAUAUAAGGAAUCAUCCUUUGAGUGCGUUUCUAGCGCACGGCUUACCAGUUGUACUAUCAAGUGAUGACCCUGGAGUGUGGGAGGCGGAUCCUCUCUCUGAGGAUUUUUAUAUCGCGUUCGUGGCAGUAGCCAGUAGACUAUCUGAUUUAAGAAUGCUCAAACAGCUAGCGAUAAAUUCGUUAAAAUACAGUGCUUUAGACGCGAUCUCAAAAGUUGACGCGUUACGAAAAUUCAACUACAAAUGGAAUGAUUUUAUUGAUAACUUUAAUUGUUCUAAGUAUUCAAAUUAAUUAUGAAAGUAUUAAAGUAAAUUACGUAAAUCCUAA